GACACGCAGGGAAACGUAUUUAAUGUCAGCGUUUGUCAGAGGACUCAUCUGAUUCGGAUGAUUUGCUGUUAAAAUACGUCUUUUCUUUGCCGUAGCCGUGAUGCGUUCACUUACGAUAUAAUUUCUUUAAAAUGGCCAUGGACUACCAAAGGAUGAAGAUGACGGACGCACGAUCGAUUACAGGUACUCUCUACCAAGGUGGCAGCAAUGGUGGAGGCAGCAGAUACUGUGAUCAUCAUGUGCUCCUUCAUGGAGGAAUAAUGUUGAAAUCGAUGACUUUGGGGUCGUUAUAAACCGUUAAAAGUACAAUGAACACCACUGUUACACCAUCAGACCUGGUGGACGUGCCAAGACAGCAGAACUUCAAUGGCACCCUGGGCACCCACACCCCAUCAGGCUGGGCCGUGAUCCACACUGCUACAUUGACCUUUUGCUCCCUCCUCCUCAUCUUCAUCUUCUGCCUGGGCUCUUACGGCAAUCUUGUGGUGUUUCUGUCCUUUUUUGACCCAGUGUUUCGCAAGUUCCGCACUAACUUUGACUUUAUGAUCCUCAAUCUGUCCUUCUGCGAUUUGUUCAUUUGCUGCGUGACUGCUCCCAUGUUUGCUCUGGUGCUCUUCCUGGAUGCGGGUGGAGGGGAUGGUGUGUCGAAGAGCUUCUGCUUUGCCUUCCACUUGACCAGCUCGGGCUUCAUCAUAAUGUCCCUGGAGACGGUAGCCGUCAUUGCUUUGCAUAGACUGCGCAUGGUUUUGGGGCAGCAGCCCAACCGCACCGCCUCCUUCCCCUGCACACUGGCUCUCACUGCCCUGCUGUGGACAUCCAGCUUCACCAUGGCCGCCCUCCUCACCAUGCGAGCGUACCCACGUAGAGAUGGACCCUGUUUGCCCCACUUUGGCCUUGGAGGUGGACAGGCCCGGGUUGUGUUGUAUGUGUACCUGGCAGACUUUGCCUUCUGCGUUGCUGUGGUGUCUGUGUCCUAUCUGAUGAUUGCUCAGACACUGAGAAAGAAUGCACGAGUGAGGAAAUGCCCCAUCAUCACGGUGGAUGCCACAUGUCCACCACCUCCACCUCCUCUCAUUGCAGCAGGCUUUGAGAGCAUGCAGUGUGCUGUUCAAGGCCCCUCUCUGUACCGUAACCAGACUUACAACAAACUGCAGAAUGUUCAGACACACUCUUAUGCCAACAAGACCAGCCAGCCUCUGGUUCCAGGUGCUGCCCAAGGAGCCACCUGCUGUCAGCUGCUGUCUACAGUCAACUUGGCCACGGCCAAAGACUCCAAGGCAGUUGUCACCUGUGUAGUAAUAGUGUUCUCUGUGCUGCUCUGCUGCCUGCCCAUGGGAGUUUCACUGGCACAGGAUGUUUUGUCACCAGAAAGUAGCUUUGCACAUUACCAGUUUGAACUGUGUGGUUUUGUGCUCAUUUUUCUCAAGUCAGGCAUCAAUCCAUUUGUGUACUCGCGUAACAGCGCAGGCCUCCGCCGCCGCGUGCUGUGCUGUAUCCAGUGGGCAGCACUGGGCUUUCUCUGCUGCAAGCAAAAGACACGCCUGCAUGCAAUGGGGAAGGGCAGCCUGGAAGUCAAUCGCAAUAAGUCCUCCCAUCAUGAGACCAACUCGGCCUAUGUACUGUCACCCAAGCCACAGAGGAGGCUUGUAGACCAGGCUUGUGGCCCCAGUCACUCCAGGGAUUGUGCGGGUAGUCCAAAGGCCACAGGCGGGCGCAAACCUCGGCCCCCGAGUACCUCUACACCCAUCAACACCCGCAUCGAGCCCUACUACAGCAUAUACAACAGCAGUCCCUCUGCAGGGCCCAGCUCCCCUACUAGCCUGCAGCCUGUCAGCUCUCAGACAUUUGCCUUUGCCAAGUCUUAUGUAGCCAUGCACUAUCACACUCACCAAGACGCACUGCAAGACUAUGAAAGCACCUCAGUGCACCAGAUUCCCAUUCCCUCAGUCUAAUCAAAGAGCUGCUGAACAGAGAGGAUUGGACAGUCUCUCUAUGGCUUUAGAUCAAAUGUGAAGCAAAAGAAAAAAAAAACAUGAAAACAGCCCACUUUAUGUAUUUGGAAUCUGUAUUAAGCUAUUUUUCUCUUCUACCGUGGAAGUACAUGUUAAGUUUUCUUGAGUGGAAUAAUUGAAGAACCAGAACUAUAAGCCUUGCCAUGGAAAAUAAAACCAAGCAAUAGAUUUGUCUGUUCCAAAAAGUUAUUUACUGUUAUUGAAUUGACUUACUGACUUUUUCUUUAACAGAUACUGCGUUUUCACAUAAAUAUGUCCCUGUGUCGUGCACGCAUGUGCCAUUAUUAUCCAAAACUCUAAGUUUUCACUGCAGCCAAAGACUGCAGCUGCUGGUUUCACUGCUGUUUUCCUCUCUGGCUGAAGUUGCUGAGCGCUGGUAUCAGCUGCUGUGGUUUCAGGCUGCCGUGACACCCUGCACAGGCCCACACAUGGCUGUCGAUGGCAUGUGGCUGCACUAUGAUGGACUUCUGCUUCUUCAGACAAAUAUAUUUGUGAACCUCAUACACUUUAUAACUCAAUAAAUGUUUGGCAAGUGUAGUAGAUGUGUGCUGUCACUUUUACAACUAGAGCUAAAAUGAUAAAUAGAUUACAGAAAAUCAAUGGGCAACCAUUUUGAUAAUUAUAUCUUCUUAAAAAAUGUCAAGUUUUGGCUGGUUUGGGCUUAUCAGAUGCGAGUGUUUGAACAUUUUCUUUGGCAUACGUGAUAGUAAACUCAAUAUCUUUGGGUUUUACUGCAGAGUCAACACAUGUUCGAGAACGUGAAAACAACAUA